UUUUCACAAUUCCUUUUCCCUCCCCUCCACUGAAGCCUCUGCUGGAGGCUGGUCGCAAAUAUCCCUCACCCUGACGUGGCCGUCACUAUGUUCUAUUUGGGGAUCUGCUUUAAUCGUCUGCUUUGACCGCCUCUGUUUGCUAUACAAUUCCCGAGAUUCGGCAACCCCUCCGAGUGCAAAACAACCCGAACGAGAGUCGUUCCAGAUGGUGUGCUGGGAGUGAUACACUCAAAGUGUCCAGCUCUGCAAUGAACCCUAUCUUUUUGGAACCCAAUAUCGGCAACCCGGGGGCUUCUCGACGGAAACCUCGCAAUGAUGCUGCUACUGGAGCUUCCGCCGCGGGUGUCCGCGCCCUCAGUGCGCAAAUGGUAGCUUUUUACUUCCGCGCCCCGAUCAAGGCUUUUUUUCGUACUCGCGUUGAUUACAUGGCAUUUGCCAGAGCCGUGAACCCUCGUGUGGCUGAUGGUAAAUGGUCUAUUCAUACUACAACACCAGGUCUCCUGCUUCAUGCUGUCAGGACCUAUGGUUGGCGGUUUAUUCCGGAUCAAGUCUUGCCGCCUAUGAUGGCGAAUGCAGGAGUCGGUGCCGUUCUAUACACUUCCUACCUUCAAGUCCUCGGAAUCCUACAUGAACCUGUGUCGCAGGGCGUCAAGCGAGUCUGGCCUCCCGCUCCUCCUUCGGCCACUUUCACUGCCGGAUUCGCCGCUGGAACCAUCCAGUCGAUCAUUGCUGCCCCUUUAGAUGCGCUGCAGGUUCGAUUUCAAACUAGCGACAUGUUAGACGGCCAGUAUCGAAGCAUGUGGCAUUAUGGACAUCAUAAACUGAACCAGAUCGGCCUUCGCGGAGUUUUUGCAGGGUGGAGUCUCUCCUUCCUGCGAGACUCGCUGGGCUAUGCCGUGUUCUUUUCCGCCUUUGAAUACAUCAAAUCGCAGUCGUACUACUCCUUCAUUACCUGGUACUAUGGAGCGCUGCGUGCCGAGACGGUUGAUCGACUCCCCUCCCCCGGGUCUAGCGACCGCGGAGUGCCUGCCAUCAAGCCACAUUACGCCUUGGAACCGUGUUUCCUCAUGAUGGCGGGCGUGGUGGCUUCGGUAGCCCAGCAAACCAUUCAGCAUCCGCUCAGCCGGAUUCAGGACUUGCACCUCGGUCGGCUGGAGUAUCUCGACCGCCAGGCGAGUCUGGACCCCACACGCCGGCAAAUGCUGCGGCUAUAUUAUCAUGCGUACCAGGAGACCUGGAAACGGUGUCGGCGCAAGGCCACGCGAGCCGGCGGGUGGAGGUCGUGGCUCUUCCGCGGGUUUGCGGGGACUGCACUUCGCCAAGUGCCCAGCACGAGUGCCGGCCUGGUGAUCUUUGAGUUGGUGCGUCGGCGGUAUGCGAGCCUGGCGGACGCAGUACAUAUUCAGAAGGAUGGAUACGAUAUUCUCCUCAACUAAAGUCUUGCACGAAGCUGUCUCGAUCUUUCUAGUGGCCCCCCAUACCCGUUGAGAUCCGACGUUGGCGGUUUUAUUUCUGAGCGACUGGAGUGCUUUUCUUGGCUCCCGUGCAUCUUACUCAUUUUUCAUUUUGUAUAUUACGUCGUACAUAGAUUUGGUUUCUUCACUUGGCUGCAGCAGAUGAUACCCAAUUCUUUAAUCCUUUUACUCGAUCAUCCAUCGAGGCUGAAAGUCCAGAAUCAGUCAUUCCGAGAGGUCAUGCAUUAAGCACGGGCGCGGCUCAAGCGCCACCACUGUGGCAGAGUUAACGCAUGGAACGUCGACGAGCGGCUAUUGCAAGUGCAUUUUCAUGUCGGGAGAGUCAAUCAUAAUCUAUUCCAGGUCGUUCUUGGUGAUGCUCGCUGAAACCCCAUAUGGAUUGUUGGAGCAGUAGUUUCAAGAAACCAUAAGAGAAACGCCUCCAUCUCGCUACCCUGGGGCGCAGAAUCAACGUAUAGAAGGCCAGCAUCUUUCCCAUGAGAAUGACUACGUACCGGAUUCUCUCCAGGUAAAUAUCAUCGAAUAUCAUCAAAUACCGUCAAUGAAUGAAAG